AUGCAUUCGUCUUCUCCCACAGCUGAUGGAAGCAGUCAAAACAAUGUGUCCAACUUGCCUCCCGAACUGAAUCAGACGUCCACCCUUCCUCCCACCGAGCUCAUCUGGUCCCUUGUAUCAUCUCAACCUGUCAAGCCUGUCAUUGGCGAAGGGGAGUUGUACCAGAAUUCUCCUGGCUCAGAUGCAUGCGGACGAAGAAACACCGAGUCUCCUCAAGCCAAUAUUUCAGAGUCUGGACUUACUUCCGGAACAUGCACUGCCAACUCUUCUCCCACCGAAACCUCUGCGUCAAUAGAGGUCACAAUUGGACCUCCAGUCGGACCCGUCCCGCACGUGAGCGUUGAACGCAAGUAUCGCCAUGGAAUGGUAGCCAUGUUCGCGCGGUUACGAGACGCCAUUCCAGCGCUCAACAUUCCGGGCGAUAUGUACGCAGACGGCUCCAGUGCUCGGCCAACGAAAGCCAAGAUCUUGACCAGCGCCAUCGACUACAUCAAGACCAUGGAGGCAGAGCGCGACCGCAUGCAAGACCGCUACGCGAGUAAGGUGGCGGAGAACGAAAGGUUGAGACGGGCAAUACUGGAGCUGGAGGGAAGGCUCGGCAUUCCGCGAUGCGGCGUCUUUAGUGCAAUGUCUGACAGCUGA